CCGCCGAGGGGGCGGGCCCUGCAGCCUUUGUUGCCCGCGGACAGAGCGCAGCCGUCCACCAGGCCGGAGUCGGAGCUGGGACGCCGGGAGCCGCACGCGGCCCUGGCAUGUCCUGAGCCGGACCCGGGACCGGGCAGCGACUGGACCGGACAGAUAAGAGUGUGGGCGCGGGGUCGCCCAGCGGCCCCCCAGCCCCGGCCAUGCCCCGCGGCCCGCGUCCCGGCAGCCCGGCGCCGCUGCGGCACCCCCUCCUCGUGCUCCUCUGCACUCUGGCGCUUGGCGCCUCGGGACCCGCAUCAGGGCACCCAACCCAGGGCCGGGCGACUUUGGAUAUCGUGCACCCAGUGCGGGUGGACGCUGGGGGCUCCUUCCUGUCCUACCAGCUGUGGCCCCGCGCGCUGCGAAAGCGGGACGUGUCCACGCACCACGACGUUCCCGCCUUGUAUGAGCUGCAGUACCGCGGAUGCGAGCUGCACUUCAACCCCGCCAACCCUCACCUGCUGGCGCCUGGCUUUGUGAGUGAGAAUUGGCAGUGAGGUGGCCUGGGACAAGCGCACAUCCGGGCCCGCACCCCCGCCUGUCACCUGCUUGGCGAGGUGCAGGAUCCCGAGCUUGAGGGCAGCCUGGCGGCCAUCAGCGCCUGUGAUGGCAUGAAAGGUGUAUUCCAGCUCUCCAGCGAGGACUACUUCAUUGAGCCCCUGGAAGGUGUUCCGGCCCAGCCUGGCCACGCCCAGCCCCACGUGGUGUAUAAGCACCAAGCACCAGAGAGGCCGGCACAGAGCGGGAAUUUCAGCACUCCAGGCACCUGUGGGGUGCAAACAUCCCUGGACCUGGAGUCUCGACGGGAGCGUUGGGAGCAGCGGCAGCAAUGGCAGCAGCAGCGGUCAAGGCGUCUACACCAGCGCUCGGUCAGCAAGGAGAAGUGGGUAGAGACCCUGGUGGUUGCCGAUGCCAAAAUGGUAGAGUACCACGGGCAGCCACAAAUCGAGAGCUAUGUGCUGACCAUCAUGAACAUGGUGGCCGGCCUGUUUCAUGACCCAAGCAUUGGGAACCCCAUCCACAUCACCAUUGUGCGCCUGGUCCUGCUGGAGGAUGAGGAGGAGGACCUAAAGAUCACACACCAUGCUGACAACACCCUGCGGAGCUUCUGCAAGUGGCAGAAAAGCAUCAACAUGAAGGGAGACGCCCACCCCCUGCACCACGACACUGCCAUCCUGCUCACCAGGAAGGACCUGUGUGCAGCUAUGAACCAGCCUUGCGAGACCCUGGGCCUGUCCCACGGGGCGGGCAUGUGCCAGCCACACCACAGCUGCAACAUCAACGAGGACACAGGCCUGCCGCUGGCCUUCACUGUGGCCCACGAGCUUGGGCACAGCUCCUGUACGACGCUGCUUCCCUCACCUGGUCCCGCUGCAGCCGAGAGUACGUCACCAGGUUCCUCGAGUGUGCAGAGGCAGAGUGUGUAUUGCACAGAGCGGCAGGUGGGGCCCGUGGAUGAGGAGUACUGUGACCCCCUGGGCCGGCCAGAUGACCACCAGCGGAAGUGCAGUGAGGAACCCUGCCCUGCCAGGUGGUGGGCAGGUGAGUGGCAGCUAUGCUCCAGCUCCUGUGGGCCUAAGGGCCUCUCCCACCGGACUGUGCUCUGCAUCCGCAGCGUGGGGCUGGAUGAACAGAGCGCCCUGGAGCCACUGGCCUGUGAACACCUUUCCCGGCCCCCCGCUGAAACCCCUUGCAACCGCCAUGUGCCCUGUCCAGCCACCUGGGCCAUAGGGAACUGGUGUCAGUGCUCAGUGACAUGCGGGGUGGGCACUCAGCACCAAAGUGUCCUCUGCACCAAUGACACCGGCGUCCCCUGUGAUGAGGCUCAGCCAGCAAGCGAAGCCACCUGCCCUCUGCCACCCUGCCCUCAGCCUCCGGACAUGCUGGGCUCUGAAGGCUCAGGCAGCGGCUCUUCCAGCCAUGAGCUCUUCAGUGAGGUCGACUUCAUCCCACGCCACCCGGCCCCACGCCCUGUGCCUCGCUCAUCCUCUGAGCCAGCCAGCAUGGGCAAUGCCAUCAAGGAAGACGACCUGGACCUGCCAGGGCCUGUGUUUGUCGAUUACUUCUACUAUGAUUACAAUUUCAUUAACUUCCAUGAGGAUCUGUCCUAUGAUCCCUCCGAGGAGCCCCAUAUAGUCCCAGUGGGAACAGGGCAUAGGACAUCAGGGCCCCUUGUGGGCACCCCCAUGCCUGCUACAGAGCCUCCUGUGGCUGGGGAGGAAGGAGUGCUGGGAUCUCAGUCCCCUAGCCCUUGGCCCAGGCAAGCCAGCCCCACUCUGCCCCCACCCUUGGAGCAGACCCCUGAGAUCCCCUUGGCCAAUUUCUUGCCUGAGGAAGGCACCCCUAUGGGGGCCCCGGGCCUUGGGCUCCCCAGCUUGCCCUGGCCUCCUGCUUCAGUCCUUGGCAUGCCUACACCUGCUGCCCCUGGGGGCCAAGAUGAGCUCCUACUAGAGAAGGACAGCCAGAGCCAGCUGCCCCCUCCAUGGCAGGACAGGACCAAUGAGGUUUCCAAGGAUGAUGAGGAACCUGUGGGCCAUAGAGUACCCCUCCUGCCCCCGAGACCCAGCCCCAUGCUGCCCCCUUUGCCUACCAUUGGACCCACGCCCUCCUCUCCUAGACCUGAUGUGCCAGAGCUGUGGACAGGGGGCACUGUGGCCUGGAAGCCAGCUCUGGAGGGUGUUCCGGAGCCUGUGGACAAUGAGCUGUGGACCACUGUGGCUCUUCACCUCCUUCCUUCCACAGCUGGUCUACCAGAUAUUAAGAGUGGGGACAGCCCCCUGGGGCUGGGGACUCCCACUUCUUCACCCUCAGGACUGGGCUUAUGGAACCUACAGACUCUGGCAAGACCGGGGACCUUCCUUGGGACAACCCUGACUGGCACAGGGCACAUGCCCUGGUUGACUGCCCUGAGCCCAGGACCUUUGUGCUAGGCUGAGUCCCCCAGCCCUGAGGCAACCCUGAGCUCUGGGCUACUGUCCACACUAGAUCAGAACAGUAUCACCGACAGCAGCAGAGCCCCUGAGGCCCAGCCCCUGGACCCCAGCCUGGCCGAGGAGGGGUCUCCCAUGGACCUGCUAGCUGCCAGGAAUGCCAGAUGGCAAGUAGGAAACUGGAGCCAGUGCUCUACCACCUGCGUCCUGGGCGCUGCCUGGAGGCCUGUGCGCUGUAGCUCAGGCCGGGAGGAGGACUGCAUUCCCGCUGGCCGGCCCCAGCCUGCCCGCCGUUGCCACCUGCGGCCCUGUGCCGCCUGGCCAGGCAACUGGAGUAAGUGCUCCCGCAGCUGUGGUGGAGGAUCCUCAGUGCGGGAUGUACAGUGUGUGGACACACGGGACCUCCGGCCACUGUGGCCCUUCCACUGCCAGCCAGGGCCUGCCAAGCCACCUGCCCACCGGCGCUGUCGGGCCCAGCCCUGCCUCAGCUGGUACAUCUCUUCCUGAGGCAGGAAUGGUGAACUGGCAAAGGGGCUUC